AUGUCAACUCUUUAUCUUACAGGACCUCAAAUCACAUAUGAUUCAUUUGAUAGUAAUGUUGCUAAGAAAUUAAAGGAUAUUUGUAAGGAAAUGGAAGUUUUGAUUAUUAACACUAAUUAAAAGUUUUCAAGCCUAUUGUAAAGUCAGUAAAAUAGCUUUUAUAAGGCAUUUAAAUUGGUUAUUGAACAAAUGUCUACAGAUUUUAAGAAUUUAUAAUAAAAAUUUGAUGAAUAUAUAACAUAUCAUGAAAACGAGACAGAAGUAAUAAAUUUAGUUAAUUUGAUUAGGUAGUAAAAACUUAAAAUAAAUUGAUUUUUUUUAGAGAUGAAUGUCAAGUUCUAAAUAAAUUAUGUAUAGAUUUGAAACAUUAAAAUCAAGAGUUAAAAUAGAAAGUUAAAGAACUUGAAUAAGUAAUAAAAUUAUUUUAUAAUAAAAGGAAAUCAAUAAUCAUAAAUUUAUAUUAGUUAAAUAAAUUAGUAAGAACUCAAAAAUAAAUGAAGAAAUUGAAAUUAUGAAAGUAUAAAUGUAAUUAUCUUAAUAAACAUAAUUAAUCAAUAAGAAUAAUGAUUAAAAUAUAACUAAUGAAAAGAAAUUAAAAGUUCCUCAUUUAAAAUUAAAUAAUAGAUAUCAUACAGAAUUUACAGAUUAUGAUCAUUAAAGUAUUAGUACAUUUAGCAAUAAAAAUUAAAUUAUCAAUCUUUAGAAAGAAACUAAAUAAAAGAAAAAUCUAUCAUUUAUUAACAAAACUAGUGAAGAGUUAACUAAUGCUCAAUCAAGCAAAUAAAAUUUAUAUCAUAUAGGUUAAUAUUAUAUAUCAUUAAGAUUAGAUUAAUUUUUUGAGAAAUCAUAUAAUUCCAGAACAAAAUCAUAACAACAUACUUUAAAAAAACUUGAGCAAACAGAACUCAGUUAAAAAAUACCAGAAAGAAGUUCUUCUAAUUUAAAAUAUAACAAAGUUAAUUCUUAAUAUUACAAAAAUAAUCCAUCCAUUUCCUGUUGA